AUGGAGAAGGAUUUCCGGCAUCCGUACACGCCGUACGAGAUCCAGGUGCAGUUCAUGGACGCGCUCUACGGCUGCAUCGAGGACGGCGGCAUAGGCAUCUUCGAGAGCCCUACAGGUGAAUCCCGGACUCAGACGGUCUCUGGCACCGCUAGUUUAUGCACUGCUGACAGGCGUAGGGACGGUAUGUCUGCUGGCAAAUCGUUGAGUGUGAUAUGUGGCUCGCUGGCAUGGCUGAGAGACCACAAACGAUCUGUCUUUCUCGAGAAGGCUGAUGACGAUGGGGACGACGGGGAGCCGGACUGGAUGGUGCAACAUGCUCGACGAGAGAGGACUCAAGACAUGCUUGCUCGCCGAAAGGAGCUGGAAGACCGUCUGGCUCGCGUCCGUGAAGCAGAGGAGAGACAUAGGAAGAAGUUGGAGCUUGCGUCUCGCUCGUUCAAAAAGAUGCGAGUUGGUAAUGAGAAGGCUCGAUCAGAGACCAAAGAUGAAGACUUUGAACUGGAUGACUACGAGAGCGGUGAUGAGGCUGCCAGACGUCCACUGGAUGAUACCAAUCCCCUGUCGUCAGAUACGCUGGCCCUUCUCGAGAGGCUUAAAGGCCCUACCCAGCAGACAGACGUGGACGAGGACGAAGAGAGCGUCAAGAUAAUAUACUGUUCCCGAACGCAUUCGCAGCUUAUCCAAUUUGCACAGGAAAUGCGGCGCGUCAUGCCCAUAUCCAGUAUACCCCCGGGCUUGGGCGAUGACUUGAAGGAAGAGAAAGAAGGAAAAGUACCGGAAGAAGGGGAGUGGAUUAAGCAUACUCCCCUCGCAUCUAGAAAAACCCUCUGUAUCAACCCUUCAGUUCGGACUCUGUCUUCUGCCACGGCCAUCAACGAACGGUGCCUGGAGCUACAAAGGCCCAAUGUAGCUGCAGAGCACAAAUGCCCCUAUCUCCCUACUAAGGAAAAUGAGCUCAAGACCUCACAGUUCCAGGACCACUUACUCUCUCGAGUUAACGAUAUAGAAGAUUUACCACCCCUGGGUACCAAGGUGGGCAUAUGCCCAUACUACGCAUCUCGUACGGCCAUUAGAGCUUCUGCCACAGAGGUAGUCACCCUGCCUUACUCUUUACUCCUACAACAGUCAGCCCGCGAAGCACUCAACCUUUCAGCAAAGAAGAGCGUCAUUGUCAUUGACGAAGCACAUAACCUUAUCGAUGCAAUAGUCAAUAUCCACUCCGUCACCGUCUCGCUGUCACAGGUUAAGACAGCACUUGCUCAGGUUACCACGUACGCUAGACGGUUCAAGACCCGCCUUAAGGGCAGAAAUCGAGUCUACAUUGCCCAGCUUAUCAGGUUGAUUAGAUGUAUGACUUCAUGCUUGGAGGUUGUUGCGCAGACCAGUACAGCAGAUGGAGAGCUUGAGGUGCAGGAUGUCCUCGGCGGUGGAAAGGGGAAAGGAGGCGCAGAUAUGAUCAACCCACAUAAACUAGGUGUGUACCUGAGAGAAAGCAAACUUGCUAGAAAGGUAGAUGGGUACAUUGAGCAUACAGCUACCCAGUCCAAUGGCGGUGAUGGCAGUGGCAGGAAGGCAGAUGGUGGUAUGCCUGUGUUAUUCCAUGUGCAGAGUUUCCUCCUUCCGCUCAUGGACCCUUCGGAUGAAGGGCGCCUAUUCUACGAGAAAGUCGGCGGAGACGUACAGAUGAAAUACCUCUUACUCGAUCCUACCAGUCGGUUCAGGGAGCUUGUUGAGGAUGCGAGGGCAGUUAUACUUGCUGGUGGGACAAUGGAGCCGAUGGAUGACUACGUUGAUCAUCUAUUCUCGUAUGUUCCGCGAGAGAAAAUAAAGACGUUUACCUAUGGGCAUGUCAUACCGAAGAUCAACUUAACAGCUAUCCCAAUAGACAAAGGAAUGGAUGGAACCGAAUUCAACUUCACUUUCGACCAUCGCAAGUCUGAGAAGAUGAUCGACAGCCUGGGCCGGACGAUAGCCAGGUUCUGCUCUAUCAUCCCUGACGGCGUUGUGGUCUUCUUUCCUAGCUACGACUACCUAUCAACCGUACUGAAAGUAUGGUCCUCUGGCUCUGGCAUCCUCAACAGCCUCUCUCGCCUUAAACCCAUCUUUCAUGAGCCUCAGUCUAUGGGUAGUACCAACGUUAACGCGAACACCAACACCAACACCAGUACGGACUCUCUCCUUUCCCAAUACUCCGCUUCUAUCGACUCAGGGAGAGGCGGUCUCCUUCUCUCCGUGAUGGGCGGCAAACUAUCGGAAGGCAUCAACUUCUCAGAUUCCCUGGGCCGCGGUGUCAUCGUAGUCGGUCUCCCGUUCCCAAAUACCCGCAACGCCAUCUGGCAGGCUAAACUGCAGCAUGUCGAGAAGAAGGCAUAUGAACUGGCCGACUCCAGCUUGUCAGAAGGUGAGCGAAGAGCCCGUGGCAAGGCAGCGAGCAGAGCAUACUAUGAAAACACAUGUAUGCGGACGGUGAACCAGUGUAUUGGACGUGCCAUACGGCAUAAGGGGGACUAUGCUGCCAUUUUGAUGAUAGACAGGAGGUAUCAGACCGAGAGGAUUCAAGGGAAGCUGCCUGGUUGGAUCCGGAGUAGUCUUCCCAAGCAUCACCAUGGUGAUGUUUACAGCCAAGUCGAGCAAUUCUUCCGCUCCAAAUAA